UCUGUGAAGAAGCAGAGGAGGCUGUCCAGCCCCUGGACAGACACCUAGCCCAGGAGGACCUGUGGAACCCAUGGAUCCUUCCAGACCCAGAUGCAGACCAUGGAGGAAACUGGUUCUCCUAGCCAGUCUGCUGGCCUGUGGGAUCCACCAAGCCUUUGGCCAAAUAUUCAUCAACCCAGACUCACUUAUAGGAGUCAAGGGAUUUCGGACUGUCCUGGUCCUCGAGAAUGCCACCCAAGAUGCUCAGGAAUACAGUUGGCACCGCGGUGCAGAAGACACUGUGGAAAAUAUGAUUGUCAGCUACAAACCUCCCUCCAAUUCCUGGCUAUCUGGGCCUAUGUUCAGUGGCCGGGAGAAUGUGACCAAGUUGGGUGACCUGGUGAUCAGGAGAUCUGCAUUUAAUGACACAGGGAACUACACUGUAAGGGUGGACACAGGCAAUGAGACCCAGAGAGCAACUGGCUGGCUUGAAAUUCAAGAGUUGGAAAGCAACCCAGAGAUCUGGGCCAACACCAGCUCUGUGGUAGAGGACGUGGAUUCUGUGGCUGCCAUUUGCUACACCAAUGCCACCAAUGUCAGGUGGUACGUGGAUUACACACUGGUAUCCAGCAAUGACCGGAUGACAAUCUCCCCGGACCUCAAGACCCUCAUCAUCCACAGGGUCACCCGCCGAGACAGAGAACUUUAUUGUGAGAUAGAUACUAUCAUGGAGAUUCCUCGGAGGAGUGAAAUUCUCUCUCUAACUGUGGCCUAUGGGCCAGAUGAAGUGUUGCUGAGUACCAGUCCCAGUACCUUCAAAGGUGUCCUAUCUGCUAAGAUAGGCUCCCAGGUGGAUAUGGCAUGUACUGCCUUUUCUGUUCCAAGUCCCAAGUAUCACUGGAGCCACAAUGGCUCUCUCCUAAGCUUCUCAGAUGCAAGCAUCACUCUCCCAAGUCUGGCCUGGGAACAGAUGGGCAGAUACAGAUGCAUCGUGGACAACCCCGUGACCCAGCUGACGAUGUACAGAGAAUUCCAGAUCCAGACACCCCGGAACAUUCCUGUUGUUGUAAACAGAGGUUUCUACAUCUCAGGAGCCAAAGUGGUGUGGCUCAUUGUGAUGAUAGUCCUGGGCAGCCUCUACAUCUGUGGAAUCCUGAUCUACGGCUUGAUCAGCAAUUUAUCCAUCAGGCGGAGCCAGUUAAACGAGUGUUAACCUCAGACCAUGAGGACAAGACCAGCUUGACACCAUGGCAACACCAUAGAAGAUGCAAAGACGACCAUUGCCAGUGACCGGGAAACUGAACAAACUAUAAAUGCCCAACAACCAGGAAUGGCUUAAAUGAACAUGGCACAAAUUGAGCUUAACUGUCAUUGUUAGACACCAUGCUGGGGAAGGGUGCUCACUGAUGCAGCAAAUGCUUAUAAUUCAUUGUUAGAAAAACAUAAUGUAAAGUUGUACCUGCUAGGACCAUCAUUAUGAAAAGGAUAGAUUAAUUGACUGAUAUAAUAUGUAUAGUAUGUAUGUAUUUGUUCUACAGUUGUAUAUGUACACACACACAUAUAUGUGUGUACAUAUAUACACACACAUAUAUAUACACACCUGUACAAAUAAUACAGAAAAUGUUAUCUAUUAACAAUCCUAUCUCUUAAUUUCCUUCUUUGCACUUUACUGUAUGUUCUAAGGUGUUUUUUUUCUUACAAAAUGUAUAAACUGUUUUUAUAAUCAGGAAAAGAAAACCCAAUAAAGUUAUGGGCCCAGCGCACUUCCUGGCACCACUCUGCUGUGCUAAAACACAAUAAAAUAUCACCUACAGGAAGAACCAGCUAGGGCUUUUAGCACCUCCUGUCCCAUUUCCACCAGCUAACAGCCUGCCUCAUAUGGGCUGACCAGCAUUGUCUUCUGAAUCAUCUUCAAUGUGCACAGGCAGAUUGAAAAUAGAUGUGUGCAUGCUUAUGUUCUUCUCAUGGAUUUGCCCUUUUGUGAUCUCUGCACUCACUUAUUUAAUCACUAUAUCUGUGUGUCAAAAUGCAUAGAUUCACAGAUAUUUCCGAAACCAUCUCAUUUGCCUGAUAGAAAACCAAACACGUCCUGAGUUAACCACUGCAUAUACCCAUCGACAGAGGUGGGCAUUAUACUAUUUCUAUAUCUAAACCUGCAUCUCCCCACCUUACAGUCUUUUGGUUUUUUUAGAUUUUAUUUAUUUAUUCAUGAGAGACACACAAAGAGAGAGGCAGAACAUAGGCAGAGGGAGAAGCAGGCUCCAUGUAGGGAGUCCAACACAGGACUUGAUCCUGGGUCUCCAGGAUCAUACCCUGUGCAGAAGGCAGAUGCUCAACCGCUGAGCCACCCAGACAUCAUCCCCCCACCUUACAGUCUUAAGGAGAUAUGGCUGUUGAAUUUUAUCUAAAGCCUUUCCAUUAUUGUUAAAUUUUUAUUAUUUUUUAAUCAAAGGUAGAUUUAUAUAUAGUAAAAUACACUAAUCUUACAUGUAUAAUUCAAUGAGUUUUGAUAAAUACAUACACUCAUGUAACUACUAUCCCAGUCAAGAUAUAUGAUAUUUCCUGCAUCCCAGAGUUUCCUUGUGCACCAUUAAAGUUAUUUGCCAGCCACACACUCUCAAAAGAGAGGCAGCUGCCUUUGUGAAUUUCUGUUCCAAUAGGUUAGUUUCAUCUUUUCUUGGACUUCAUCUAAGUGGAAUUGGAGUAUAUUCUUUUGUAUCUGGCUUCUUUCACUCAAUAUGCUUUUUAAAGUCAUUAAUGUUAAAUUUUUUUUAUGUUGACUAGUAGUAUUCUGUUGUUUGGCUAUAGCACUUUGGUUAUCCAUUCACUUAUUUAUGGGCAUUUGUUUUUGUUGUUGUUUUA